AUGUAUCACAACCCGUCGGUGGCGAAGCACGAGACGCUGCUUCAUGUGAGUCGUGCGCUGCGCCAACCGCUGUUGCACUACGCGCACGCUGCACUGACCUUUACCUCCAUCGCCCUUCUGUGGGUCGUGGAUUCUUCCUCGGAGCUGCAAGACACCGCGGCAGUUGCUACGAUCGUCGUCCACGCGACGAGCAUGGCUGCGUCGCUGGUGCUCAUCCCGAGAGACGCCUCCGCUGGCCUGACGCUGUUGAGUGUGGGCACCCUUGCUGUGGCAUUAGGGCUGCAGUACGGCUCCCACGCACAGCUGCGGCGUUUCUUCUGCCUUCGCUUCGUGUCACUCUUACGCCUGGGGCAGCUGUGUGUGCUGUUCUUCCCCCGGCUGCUCCGCUUCACACGCAUGAAACGCACCUUCUUUAUGUCCAGCAUCAGUGUGCUGUUUCCUGUAAUCGUCACGGGGUGUGUAGCGUACGUUGUGGAGCUGCUUCGGGCUCAGGUGUAUUUGGUGCACUACUAUGACCCCGUUGCCAACAAUGAGACGACAGCGUGGCCGCUUCCGAAGCGCCUGGCUUCGAAUCUGCGGCGCAACGAGCAGUACCCGAACGAAGAGGAUGCGCGGCAGCUGUUUGCGUACUACUUUAAGGAGGACGCGUACAUCUACCUCUCUCUGCUGGACUACUGGGUACUACCUGCUUGCUGCGUGGCGACGGCGCUGACCCACUUGCGAUGGACAAACGCCAAUCUGCUGAACUCCCAAUGUCUCAUGAUGGACGCCAUCCGCCUGCUGGAGGACCCCAUGGCGCUGGCGAGGUUUGGGACUCGCGGCUUUUUCUUUCGUCGAGUGGGUCACGGGGUGCUGGUGGUUGGUCUGCUUUUCGGGGUUCUCUUUAGCCCCUCCACGCACGCCAGCGCGGAUGAUUAUCGGUUUUUCUUCUCGAUGGAGACGUUUUUCACGCUUGUGGGCCUUAUUGAUGGUUUUGUGCGCCUCGUGCUCGCUGUUCACCGUUGCGGUUGCUCGUGGGUGGCGUGCGCCUGCAUGCCAAAGGGUCUGCUGGACAAGGAGCUGUUGGUGGGCAACACGGUGCUGCUACUCGCUGAGCUCCUGCAGCUGCUGUACUGGUCUUGCGCGCUGCCGAUUGCGCUGACGCUGCUUGUAGAACGCGACAUGUGCCUGAUCAGCCCGGACGAUUACGCAGUGUUUUUUGUCACGCUACGCUUCCUGCUGCUGCUUCGGAUGCUUCCCCGCCAGUACGUGCUUUCGCUGGUGCUGAGGGGCGAAGUUUUCAUCUUUGCUGGGGCCUGUGUUGUGGUGUAUUUUGUUGGGGCUGCGAGCGCCCUAGCUGACGUCCACGUCGCCUUCUGGGGCGGCGGCAUAACAGCCAACCUGUGGAAACUCGCGUUGCGAGACCUCUGCCGGCAGACGUUCACAGCAGCAAGUCCUGUCACCCUGAACAAUAUGUGGACGCCCCCGAACUACACCCAGAUCGUGCACGAGAUGGUGGAGUCCAACGAGUCUAUCCGCGUGGUGGCGACCGACUACGCGUCCUCUCCGCUGCUACUAGGGCUCGCCGUCAUUGGGAAGGUGCUUAUCGCCUCGUUGUUUGGUCUGACGAUCGGUGUGUUCUUUGUGCCCCUCCAGUCCCUUAUAUUCAGCACGAUGCCAAAGAGGGCCUUGUUCCUCUACGAUGCGCUGCGUGGUGGCACCAACGCCAUCAUAAAUGCGGGUGCACGCCUGCACGACGACAUGCGGCCAGAGAACCGCAAACGAAUUCAGGAGCGGAAGUUCUCACGCAUGUAUAAGACUCGCGGGAUCCCGUUGUGGCUGCUGCCACACCUGCUCGAAGAGCUGGGCAUGUGUAAGCCGGGCCAGCAGCGCCGGCUGAUGUUCACGCUGGAGCAGCUGUUUGUGUUCCUCCCGAUAGCGGAGAAGCGGGCGCGCUGUGUGGCGGAGUACGUGGACGAGUGGGACCUGUACAGCUCCGGUGGUCCUGGGCGCCUCUCGUUUAGCGCGCUGCCAGUGUACCCUGCGCAGGUAAAGAGCUACAACCACGCGAGAGACGACGCUUCCUCCUCGCGCUAUGUCCCGCCGCUGCGCCUGGUGCAGGCUGUGGCGCUGUUCGAGUCCGACUUUCCACCGCACUCCUCCGUCGGGUCGAAGAUCUGGUUGGAGUUUUUCAAGGUCGCGCAGCGCGUUCGAGGGGCAACGCUCAUGCAGUCGCUGUGGAGGAUGUACGUGGCCGUGAAGGACUUUGAGAACGACGCGGGCCGAAACAGGAUGGACAUUUUGAUGGCGUGGACGCUGCGCCGCGCGUUCAGGCGCAACCGGACACUCUCGCGUGUGAGCUUCCUCCGCUACGAGACGUUCAAGGACGCCGUGCGGUUCCAGCAGAACAUCUUCAACCCCGGCACGGGCCAUUACGACGUGCUCGACCGGCUGAGAGGGCACUUCGCGGCGCUGCAGCCCACGAGGCACCUGCAUCUGCGCAACUGCCUCACCCCCGCACCGCUUCGCCCGAGGGGCACGCCCCCGGCCACGCGUGGGAACCCCCUGCGAGGCCAAGAGCCGCUGGAGGUGUGGUGCGGUGUCUCGUACGUGCCAGAGUCUUCCACUGACAGGGACAACACCGACUCGGCGGGGGACGUGCUGGGCAUCCAGGAUGCCAUCUUUCGGUGA